AUGAGACGCAGCACGAUUCAAAUAGCCAGGCGCGUGGCUGACCAUCGGCUUGCACCAUCACGACGAGCCCUGGUGUGCUCCGGCGCAAGAUGUUCGUCGACAAGCUCAAGAGAGUGGUCCACUCCUCUGGCAAAGACAUUAGGCGAGGCCAUCACUACGACCGGUCCCAUCUCAGUAGCGGCAUACAUGCGACAAUGCCUCACCUUCCCCGAAACCGGCUACUACACAAACUCGACCGAGGGCAAAGAUCCCUUCGGCAAGAAAGGCGACUUUGUCACAUCCCCAGAGAUCUCUCAAAUCUUCGGCGAACUCAUCGGAUUAUGGUUCGUCGCAGAGUGGAUAGCUCAAGGCAGAAAGAGCAGUGGCGUCUACCUAAUGGAAAUGGGCCCUGGACGAGGAACCUUGAUGGACGAUAUGUUGAGAUCCAUCCGCAACUUCAAACCUUUGGCUCAAGCCAUCGAUGGCAUUUAUAUGGUUGAAGCCAGUCCUGCGUUGCGUCAAGCUCAGCAUAAGCUUCUCUGUGGCGACAACCCUCUGCAAGAGAUCAAUAUUGGUUACAAGAGUACUUGCAAGUACACUCCUGACUUGAGCAUCAUCUGGUGCGAGGACAUACGCUUCGUACCCAGAGAGACAGACAGCUCGCCCUUCAUCGUCGCCCACGAGUUCUUCGACGCUCUUCCUAUCCACGUCUUCGAGUCCGUCAAGGCCCAAGCUGCGCCCAAGCAGAUCCGCACACCCACUGGCAUCCACAAAGUCGACCCCUCAGCCACUGGAUCCGCCAACACCGUCUCUCAAUGGCACGAACUCGUCGUCUCACCCACUUCACCCUAUGCAACCCACGAUACCCUCCACACUCCAAAAUCACAGCGCGAUCAACCCGUCCCCGAAUUCUCACUCACCCGCUCUCAAGCCGCGACACCCCACUCCAUCUUCCUCCCCGAGCAAUCGAAUCGCUACAAAAACCUCAAGAAUACCGAAGGUUCCGUCAUCGAAGUCUCUCCUGAAUCUCAGACCUACGCCGCAGACUUUGCCGUCCGCAUCGGUGGCGGCGUGAGUCCAUCAGCACUCUACACGAAUCAUGCCGACCAAACACCUCCUCCAGUAGGCCGCCGCGUGUCUCCCCGUCGCGCCGUCGAGGAAAUUGUAAAGAAGCAAGCCUCAGGAGCUGCUUUGAUCCUCGACUAUGGCACCCCCGCCACCAUCCCCGUAAACUCUCUCCGUGGAAUCAAAGAACACCGCAUCGUCUCCCCUCUCUCCGAACCCGGUAAAGUAGACAUCAGCGCCGACGUAGAUUUCCUUGCUUUGGCCGAAAGUGCAAUCAAUGCAUCUCUGCACGUCGAAGUGCACGGUCCUGUUGACCAAGCACGUUUCUUGACUUCCAUGGGCAUCGAGCAGCGAGCUGCGCAACUUGUGAAGCUGGCUGUUGAUAGAGAGCGAGGCAGUGUUGUGGAGAAGACUGAGGGCGGGCAGAGAACGAAGAGUGAUUUGACGGAGACGGUGAAGAGGAUCGAGAGCGGGUGGAGGAGGUUGGUUGAUGUGGGACCUCAGGGCAUGGGCAAGUUGUAUCAGGUCAUGGCUAUCUUGCCCCAUGUGCCGCCGAAACAGGGCGAGCAGCCUAGGAGACCAGUGGGUUUCGGUGGCGAUGUGGCUGUGUAA